AAACCUCGGCUGUAUUCCCUAAACCCGAAUUAGAAACUCCUAGUCCUGGGUUUGCAGCAAACGAGAAAAUGGCUGCAGGCCUCAGGCAGGGAUUGGCCGAGGUUUCCGCCGCCAUCUUUGUUGGGGGAAGGAGUGCUGCGUGAUGUGCGCGCGGCGGCCAUCUUUGUUGGGGGACGGAGUGCUGCGUGAUGUGCGCGCGGCGGCCAUCUUUGUUGGGGGACGGAGUGCUGCGUGAUGUGCGCGCGGCGGCCAUCUUUGUUGGGCGACGGAGUGCUGCGUGAUGUGUGCGCGGCGGCCAUCUUUGUUGGGGGACGGAGUGCUGCGUGAUGUGCGCGCGGCGGCCAUCUUUGUUGGGGAUGUCGUCUCGCGAGAUGUGUGCGCGGCCGCCAUCUUUAUUCGGGGCACUGAUCACCAGGAGCCUCAUUCAAGGGGAGGAUUAUCCACAAUAAAUUGAAACUGAUUCUCAGAGGGGGAGCUCGCAACAGUCACUAGGUUCAAGACCUGACACUGCGUAUGGAUUCACAAGGAUCUGAAAAUCAUCAGUCUUUGACCGUGGAAUGAUCCAGGCUCUGCCUCCUGGAAAGAGUAUACAGUUAUGGAUGUGACUGUAAAAGCAUUGAGGGUAUUGGAAAGGGAAGACUUGCGGUUCUGAAACUGAAACCAACGAUCACCCUGGGAUCUGACAGAGAUAUUGCACCCUCCGUGUAAUCUGACUGUGCACAUGAAUGAAAACAACACGGACCCCGGUGGGGAGAAACCAUACACAUGCGCUGUGUGUUUCCGAAGUUUCAGCCAAUCGGCUGGCCUGUUAAGACACAAGUGGAGCUGCGAUGGAGAGAAGCAGUGCAAAUGCGGAGACUGUGGGAAGGGAUUCAAUUACCUGUCUGAGUUGGAAACUCAUCAACGCAGUCACACCGGGGAGAGGCCGUUCCCCUGCGCUGAAUGUGGGAAAGGAUUCACUCGGACCUCCGAACUGCUGAGGCAUCAACGGGUCCACACUGACGAGAGACCUUUUAAAUGCUCGGAUUGUGGAAAGUUCUACAAAAGCUCUGGGGAGCUGACCUCCCAUCAAUUUGUUCACACCGACGAGACGCCGUUCAGAUGUUCUCAGUGUGGGACUGGGUUCAGAAAAUUGGAUUACCUUCACCGACACCAGCGCAUUCACGGGGAGAGGCCGUUCCCCUGCCCUGAAUGUGGCAAGGGAUUCACUAACACAUCCCGCCUGCUCAUACACCAGCGUGUCCACACUGGGGAGAGACCAUUCACCUGCUCUGAGUGUGGGAAGGGUUUCACUCAGUCUUCUCACCUUCUGGAACACCGUCGAGUUCACACCGAUGACAGACCUUUUAAAUGUCCAGACUGCAGCAAGUGCUUUAAAAGUUCCGGGGAACUAAUAUCCCACCAACGUAUUCACACUGACGAGAGACCGUUCAGGUGCUCUCACUGCGGGACUGGCUUCAGGCAAUCAUCUCAACUCACUGCCCACCAGCGAGUCCACACUGGAGAGAGGCCGUACAGCUGUCCCAAGUGUGGGAAGGGAUUCACUCACUCAUCCCACCUGCUGACACACCAGCGAGUUCACACCGGGGAGAAACCAUUCGCCUGCUCUGUGUGUGGAAAGCGAUUCAGUCACUCGUCCACCCUGCUGACGCACCAGCGAGUACACACUGGGGAGAGGCCUUUCACCUGCACCAAGUGCGGGAUUGGAUUCACUCAGUUAUCUGCCCUGCAGACCCACCAACGGGUUCACAGUGGCGAGAGGCCUUUCAAAUGUCCCGAUUGUGGGAAGUGUUAUAAAAGUUCCCAGGGGCUGACAUCCCACCAAAGUGUUCACACGGGGGAGUGGCCCUUCGCCUGCUCCGAGUGUGGGAAGGGCUUCAGUCAGCUUUCCGGCCUGGUGACACACCAGCAGGUUCACACUGGGGAGAGACCAUUCACUUGCACCAUUUGUGGAAAGGGAUUCACCCGAUCGUCCAACUUACUGAGGCACCGAGGAGUUCACAAGUCACUGCAGUGAUUGGGUUUUUCAGUUGCAUCUGGGACCGAACUAUAUUCACUGCGGUCACCUUCAGUCCAGUAAUAGAUUUUAGUACACCUGGACAAAAAUCAAAGAAACCAGUUGUGUUCAACACAAUUUGUCAGUUCUGUAUACCUCUCACCCGAGUUGGUUCUUCUGAAAGUAGUCUCCCUCUGUCCUGUCUCUCCAUCCUGACCUCAAACAAUAAGCGUGAGGGGCAGAUUGGAGCUUCUUUGUCACUAAGACUGUGACAAUCUGAUCAGCUGCAUGUGCUGCUCCCCUCCCUCCCCCUAGUCCAUUGGGCCGCACCAUCUAGCAUCUUGCUCCUUGUCUAAAUGCAGAACCUGCACUUUUCUGUGCUGAGCUUCACCUUUUCUUAAAAAAAAAACCAAAAAAAAAACACUGCUGCUAUCCAUUUAAUGGCACUCAGCCAAUUUUGUGUCCA